AGCGGUUGUGGAGGAGAACAAACAAAGCACGAUGCGCAGCUCCCCAUGAGUUCGUCGGACAGCGACACGAAUGGGCAGAACGGCCUGCUCCGCAGCAGCCGCGCGCCGCAGGAGAAACGGCGGUCGCGCGGCGCCUGCUGCGGCGCCGCGGCGGCCGUCGUCGCCGUGCUGCUCGCCGUCGCGGGCCUCGGCUACGCCGGCGCGGCGGCCGCGCGGUCGUCGGCGCGGCGCGUCGGGGACCUCGAGGCGACCGUCGACGCGCUCGCGGCCGCGGUCGCGGCCGGCGCCGCGGCCGACGCGGCCGCGGGCGACGCGCGCGCCGCGGCCGCCGGGCGCGCGUCGGCCGCGGCCGCCGCGGCCGACGCGCGCGCCGCGGCGGCGGAGGCGACGCUCUGGGCCGCCGUGAACGCGACGCGGGCCUCGGCGGCGGCGACGGCCGGGGCCUUCGGCGCCUACGUCGCGGAGAGGGAGCUCGUCGUCACGAACGAGGCGCUGCAGCGGGAGGUGCGCGGCGCCGUCGCGGCCGUCGACGCGACGGCCGCGGCGAGCGAGGCCGCCGUCGCCGCGUCGCUCAACGCGUCCGAGGGCCGCGUCCGCGGCGCCGUCGCGGCGUCGCUCUCCGCGCACGACGCGGCGGCCGCCGCGGUGCUCGACGCCGCGGAGCGCGCCGUCGGCGCCGCCGAGGCCGGCCUGGCGGCGUCGGCGAACGCGACGGCCGCGCGGCUCGGCGCCGCCCUCGGCGCCGCGGGCGCCGACGCGGUCGGCGCCGUCGCGGCCGCGGGCGCGGCGGCCGCGGCGCGCGUCGACGCGGCCGUCGCCGCCGCGGACCUGAGCCUCGGCGCGUCGGAGAACGCUUCCGCGGCGCUCCUCGCGGCCGCCGCCGUCGCCCGGGCCGAGGCCGACGGCCUCGCGGCGGGCGCGGCCGCGCGGGUCAACGCGACGACGAACCGCGCGCUCGCCGCGCUCGCGGCGGAGGAGCGCGCGUACGCGGACUCGCUCGCGGCCGCGCUCGCGUCCAUCGACGCCGCGGCGGCGGCCCUCGAGGCGCGCAUCGCCGAGUCCUACGCGCGCGUCGACGCGCUCGAGGGGUCCGUGACGAGCUACGAGGAGCGGACCGACGGCCGCUUCGAGAAGCAGUCGGCGCUGCUCCGCGCGUGGAUCGCGGGCUUCUUCGCGCUGCUCGCCGUCGUCCUCACGCUGCGCCACGUCUACGCCCACGCGACGAAGCUGAACCGGCCCGAGGCCCAGCGCAAGGUGCUGGCGAUUCUAUGGAUGGUGCCCAUCUACGCGCUCUGCUCGUGGUUCGCGAUCGUGUGGCCGGGCGCCGCGGGCGAGUUCCUGCUCGUGUCGUCGAUCUACGAGGCCUACACGGUGCACAUGUUCUUCGCGCUGCUCGUGGCGAUUCUGGGCGGCGGCGGCGGCGAGGAGCGGGCGCUGGAGGAGCUGCCCGCGGCGCCGCGCGCGCCGUUCGCGGUCUUUGGCGCGGCGCGCGUGAGCCGGCAGCGGUUCCUGCGGGACUGCAAGCUCGGCACGCUCCAGUUCGUCGUCGUCAAGCCCGCGUUGAGCGUGCUCGACUACGCCUUCAGCUACACGGCGCUCGGCGGCGGCGAGCUCGUCGACUGGCGGAAGCCCGAGCUCUGGAUCACGAUCCUGCUCAACGUGUCCGUGUCCGUCGCGCUGACCGCGCUCCUCAAGUUCUUCCACGCGACCCACGCGUCGCCGCGCCUCGAGGCCCACCGGCCCUGGCCCAAGUUCCUGUCCAUCAAGGGCGUCGUCUUCAUGACGUGGUUCCAGGGCGUGCUCAUCACGCUCGCGCUCCGCUUCAAGCUCGGCCCGCUCGCGGACGCGGGCCUGGCCAAGGCCUUCCAGAACUUCCUCGUCUGCGUCGAGAUGUUCGUCGCGGCGCUCGCGCACUCCGCCAUCUUCGGCGCCGACGAGUGGCAGGCGGACUACGUGCCCGUGCGCGUCGCCGCGUCGUCGCUCGGCGACCAGCUCGCGAUCAACGACAUCGUCAAGGACUUCAAGUCCGUCAUGCCCGCGCGCCUCCGGAGGCAGCGCCGGUGGCCCGACCCGCCCGACGGCGCCGCGCCGGGCCCGCCGGGCCGCGCGGCCGCCGCCGACGACCCGCUCCGCGACCGCGUCGACUCGUCCUCGGACCUCAUCAUGGACGACGUCGAGCUCGUCUAACGCGGCCACGUUGCGCGUCGUCGCGACGUACCUUGCUUACGCCACGCCGCCGGCGUGGAGGGAGCCGCACGGUCGUCUGUUUCUUGGCGAUCGCACGUGGGGGAGCCGUGUUCGCGCUUCUUCGCGAUCGAAACGCGGGGGGGGUAGGCGCGCGCCGCGGCCCGUCGAGCCCGCGUCGAGGACGUCGAAGGAGGCUACUCGCCCGCAUCGCACGCCGUGCGACAGCAGACGCCGUUCGUCGGCAGGCCGAGGGCCAGGGUCACCUGGACGCCGGCGGGCGACUCGCCGUCCGCCGACGCGGCCUCCUCGUCGCGGUGGCGGUCCGCGACGCCCGCGGCGAUCUUCGCCUUCAUGGACUCGAGGAUCGCCUGCUGGUCCUCGUCGUGAGCACGACCGACAGCGCCGCGGACGUGAAGCACACGCAGGCGAGGCACACGCCGACGACGGCCGUCGUCUCGAAGCCGUACCAGUAGACCUGGACGUCGCUGCGGUAGUCGCCGUAGAACGAGCCGAAGCGCGCGAGGAGGUGCGGCGUGUGGAGGCCGCCGUAGCGUUUUUUGGAAGCGUAGAGGUGGACGACGACGGCGAGCGGGAAGCCGACGACGAUGGCCGCGAAGGUGAGGGUGCCGACGAGCAUGUCCGCCUUGUGCGCGGUCCCCCCGCACUCGGCGUCGACGUUGCCGGCCAUGAGCUUCUCGCCGAGCACGUGGCGGCAGGGGAAGACCUCGUACGCGGAGAUGGCGAUGGACACGUAGCAGACGGCCGUGAUGC